CCACCACAACCACAACCUCCGCCGCAACCACCACUUACCUUUACGUCCGUACCAUUCUCCAACCAGCAUCUCACCACCCCUACACUGCAAUCCCUACCAUCCCCCCCAGUCUGCCGGUCCAACGCCGUGCUCGCCAUGUGCCACCCUGGUCCCACGCUUCCUGCGAUCCUUGAAUGCCAUGGAUUCCAUGUGGCCCUGCUGCGCUGCUCUGACAUGUUUAUGAAGGCGAUGCUUCCCCCCCUCUCUGUCGAGGGGCACGUCCAUCCAACUCAGACCAGCCCGCCAUGAAGCCAAAAUCUGCUCAUCGAUACAGGAUAUGUGGCACGCCUGUGCGGACAGGCUGCAUCACUUGCAAGAUCCGGAGAGUCAAGUGUGGUGAAGAGAAGCCCUUCUGUAAGAGAUGCACCUCCACCGGGCGCAAGUGCGAUGGCUAUGCUCCGCCGUCAGAAACAAAGCCUGGCCACAAGAGAGCCGCUCCUCCCAAGCCGCUCACCCUCAAUGCCAACGAAGACCCGAUGGAACAGAGCACCCUCGCCUUCUUCAGCGCCUUCACGGCCCCGAAGCUCUCGGGAUACUUCUCCCCCGAUUUCUGGGAACGGCGAGUCCCCCAAGCCAGCCUGGCCGAACCCUCCAUCCGCCAUGCCAUGAUUGCGCUCGGCGCGGUACACCGCGAUUUCACUGCCAGACAUGAACGGACGGGCCGCUUCGUCGAUGCCUCCCUCGAGGCCUUCGCUAUCCGCCACUACACCAUUGCUAUCAGUCACCUCCACCAGCUGAUGUCGACCCGGACGCAGCAGCUCGACAUCACGCUGAUCUCCUGCAUCCUGUUUAUUGUGUUCGACUGCCUCAUCGGCCAUCACACCAGCGCCCUGAUCCACUUGAAGGCUGGCUUGAAGAUUCUGGAGGAUAUCAAGCGGCAGAAUGCGCAAGGAGGGACCACCUCCCAGCCGACUUUGACGCAGCAGUGGGAGCGGGAGUUCUCGCCCUUAUUGCUGGGACUCGGCGUCCAAGCCGCUUCUUUCGUCGACCCGAAAUAUCCAAAGGACCGCGAGGAUUUGUGGGAGUCGCUGAGGGCCGUCAGGAUCCCGGCGCACCCGCUGACCUUCAACUCCCUGGAUGAAGCUCGUCAUGCCCUGGAGACGCUCGCUGUCGAUAUCAUGGGCGGCGGCAUCCCGACAUCUCCCCUUCCUAACUCUCCCCUCUCCCCUGAUUACCUCCCUCACGAGCACAUCCCCCAGGAUCAUAUGUCGCCCAAUCCUACUCCUCAGGAUCAGCCCCCUCACGAUCAACUCCCCCACGACCACAUCUCUCCCGCCCACAUUCCCUCACCCCUCUCCCCCUCCCACCCCGGCGCCCAAAUACAAUCCCACCUCACCGCACUCCAGGACUGGACGAAAGCGCUCGAUCGCUACCUCGUCAACUACGCCGCUCGCGACCCCUCCGCAAGCCGCGUCCGCUGCGGCGCCAACCUCCUAAAAGUGCACUCCCUAAUGCUCAGCAUCGUCGCGUCUCCCCCGCACUACCCCUCAUCCACCUCCAAAUUCGACCGCAUCCUCUCCCUCUGCGAAUACCUCCUCGCGGCCAGCACGUCCUGCGGCCGCGCCGCCCCCUCCCUCAGCUUCUCCGCCGACUUCGGCAUCAUCGCGCCUCUCUUCUUCACCGCCGUCCGGGCACCCUCACUCUCGCUCCAACAGCGCGCUUACGGACUCUUGGCUCGCGCCCCGGGACGCGAGGGCAUGUGGGAUUCGGAUGACGCGCUGCUGGCUGCUGGUGAUGCCAUCUUGAUCGCGGAGCAGCAGCAGGCCCUGAUGACGCAGGCAGCGUAUCGCACGCCGCCCAUGUCCGCCGGCGAGACGGACGUGGAUGAGAGGGAGUGGGACGAGGUGCGGCAGACGGAACCGUUCGAGACGGGCGAGUUGUCGGUGCUGGCGUCCCCGUUUGAGCCGGCGACGACGCAGCAGCAGCAGCAGCAUCGGGGGAGCGCGAACGUGACACUUCAUGAAAAUUUCAAUAAUGCGGAUGGGAUGGCGGAUUUUGGAAGACCUUUUAUGAUGCAGGAGUUUAUGAUGGAAUACCCGGUCGCGUGAUUGAUGGAUGGAUGUAUGAUAAUGGGAUGGGAUGGGAUGGCAAAUUUCUAUCUAUCUAUCUAAUAGCUAAGCUAUGUAUAGGGGGCGUUUUAUUAUAUGUCUUGGGAUGGAGAAUUGGAAUCACUGGUAUGUGUAUUACGAAGACGGCUGGUGAUGGAUAUUAUGAAAUUUUAUGGGUUACUUAUUUAUUAU